AUGGCCGUGGUCCGUGCCGAUACGCCUCUCGGGUGCUUCUCUUCGGUCAACGGUGACUCCCAAGGCACUUGGAUGUACCAGACCUCGUCCUACUGCGCUGGCAAGUGUCCCGACUCCCCCUACGUCGCCCUCAAAAACGGAAAUGAAUGCUACUGCUUGAGCUCCUUCCCGUCCGGCUCCAAGUCCGACAGCUGUAACGUGCCAUGUGCUGGCUUUGGCCAGGACACCUGCGGUGGUUCCAACGCUUACAAUGUCUAUAAGGGAUCGGGGUCUGGCCUGGCCACCGAUGGCGCAUCGCAGGCCUCCUCGUCCACCAGCUCGUCUUCCAGCUCGUCCAGCUCGUCUUCCAGCUCGUCCACCAGCUCUUCCAGCUCGCGCAGAAGCUCGUCGUCUCCAUCCACCACCGCCACCAGCUCGUCCAACUCCGAAUCCGACUCUGACUCUGCAUCCACCACCAUCAUAACCUCUUCUGCCAGCGACGGCAGCUCCGUCAUCUACAGAACAGUGACCCAGGGGACUCCCACCGCUAGUUCGUCCUCGUCCUCGUCCCCGACCCCAUCUCCUAAGUCCAAGAGCUCCAACACCGGCCCCAUCGUUGGUGGUGUUGUUGGAGGAAUCGCUGCCGUCGCCUUGAUUGCAGGAAUCGUGUUCUUCAUCAUCAAACGUCGUAACAGCUACGAUGACGAUGACGAAGAAGAGUUCUAUGACAAGCCAGCCGGUGGCACCCUCGGAAGAGGUAACACCGCUAAGGGCUCCAAGAGAACCAAGUCUCCGUUGGAUAUGCCUAUGUCCAACCCAUUCGUCCACCCCUCAGACCAUACGGCUCCCAACAGUGGCAUACUGGGAUUGAAUGCCAAUUCCGGGCUCGUCGAUCCAAGAUUAAAUCCAAUCAUGAUGGGAAGACGCAGAUUAUCCGAAGGGUCGUUGGCUGACGAAGACUACAAUAGAAAUGUACUCCAAGUGGCCAACCCCGAUCGCUAA